UAAACUACGUACUACUUUUAUCCGUUCUUUCUUGGACACGCGUGACGCGGUGCUAGAACUAGAAGUUAGCCCAGUUACUUGAAGCUAGCCCCCCAUACGCCAGAGAUUGUUGUGCUUUUAUAUUUGCUUGAUCCUUCUAAAGCAGUCAGCGACCACCAGCUGACAGUAAAGGUCCACGGACAUCAAGCUCGCCCGCGCUCCUGCCCAGCGCGGUGUGCUAGACCUAGACUGCUCGUUUGUUAGGCAUUCAGCUUCAGCAACCACGGGAAAGCAGGGCAAGCAAAUGACGGUCGGGCCCACUCCGAGCCCGAAGGGCGUUGCGCCUCAGCCGAAGGUGCUCCUUCUGGAUUUAGAUGACACUUUGUAUCGGAACCACGAGGUCCCAACAAUUGUGAAGGAGCGCAUCCAGGCCUACAUGGUCCAGAAACUUGGGAUUCCGGCUGAUGAAGUCGCUGCCAAGACGCUCGAGCUGUACCUCGGACACGGGACAACAUUGGCUGGACUGGUGGCGAGCGGUCACAGCAUUGACUAUCACGACUGGCACGAGUUUGUGCACCACGGCGCGUUGAACUAUGAGGAGCUGCUGCAGCCCGACCCCUCGCUGCGUGACAUCCUCAUGAGCAUUGACCUGCCCAAAUACAUCCUGACGAAUGCGGACAAGGAGCACGCGGAGCGCUGCCUGGCGCGCAUGGGCCUCAGCGACUGCUUCCAGGGCAUGUUCUACUUUGAAAACGUCAUGGAGCUGGCCGCCGCCAACGGCUUCGACACGGCGCACGCGGUGCUGUGCAAACCCAACCCGCGCGUCUACACGCUGGUGUGUGAGGUGCUGGGCGUCAGCCCCAGCGAGGUGCUCUUCUUUGACGACUCCAGCCGCAAUGUGGCCGGCGCGCACGGGCUGGGCGCCAAGACGGUGCUGGUGGGGACAGACAAGCCGUGCCCGGGGGCGGACCUGGCGAUCCCCUCCAUGCACCACCUGCCGGCGGCCAUGCCGCAGCUGAUGGACACGCCGGGCCUGGUGCACGAGGCGUCGCAUCACGGGGCGCAGUCGGGGCCGGGGCUGCCGGACGCGAUGAGCGCGGGGCCGAGCGGGAGCGCGGCGGGGACGGCCAUCAGCGUGCCUGCGUGAGCGUGUUCAUGCAUGUGGGCACAUCGCGUGCGUAUGCCGCGGCAUGGUGCACGCACGCAUGGCGAUGUAUGGUGCAUCGCGUGCAUGCCCCUAAGGCGUUUGGUGUGCGCACUGGGGGCGUUGGCGCGUGCUUUGCUUAUGCUUGCGGGGUGACUGCGUGUUGGAUUGCCGGCGUGCUUAUCUUGUGCGGAUUGGUGGUGUUGCAGUGAUGCCCAUCGCGUGGUGAGCACUGCUAUGCUCUGUACCUUGAGGAAACCGGCGCACUUAACGCACAGCACUGAAACCAAGCUGUUGACGUGACACGGAUGACACCUGUGACCACUUAACUGGAGUGACCACAUGUUGGUCACCAUAUAUGCUUACUAAGGCACGCAGCUAGCGGGCCAAUUACAUUGUAUUUCAGCGGCAAGCGGCUACCCGUUGGGGCCUGCCGCACAGGCACGAUAGCGACGCUGCAGAUUUGUUGCACAUAGUUGGGGCUUGCGUGCAACUGGAGGUUACGAGUGCGAUGCAAUGCUGCUUGCUUCUGCGUGAGCGUGUAUCACCGGUGCUACCGGGACACACAGAGCGUUGAGCGAUGCAAGUACACGUGUGCAGAUGAGGUGCGAAGUGUUUGCUAGUGAAUGCGAAUGCAAGACGCCGUCGCGAGCUCCAGGCUAGCAAUAAACAUCACGAAAGAAGUUAGUGUCAGCGGCAAUGCGGUUACUUGUUACCUUCGAGACGAGACACCGGUGCGCGCUCCACGCUGCUCCGCAUUCGGCACGCCAAACGGAGUCCGAGUGUCGUGGAGACUGCUGCCGCUUGCAGGGGAGGAGGUGUUCCAGCUCGCAACUAGGCUGCUGCCAUUCGCCGCGACAACGCGAAACCCACAAAAUGCACCCACCUGGAACGGAGCCAGGCGUGACACGGUAUAGACGAUGCUGGCAGCCAUGCAAAGACGUAUCGCCAGAUUGUGUUGCACUGGUGACGGGUCUGCAUCGGGCUGCGGCAUGUGAAAUUUAGUACCAGUUUCAAUGCAACAGACGACUGGCGAUUUGGGAAUCUGACAGCUAUCACGAGGAUCCGGGGGGAUUUCCUCACAGGGAAAGCCAGGGAAAGCCACCUUCAUUGCCGUUGACAUCUGUAACGGAAGGCAUGC